AACAGUUCGGAUGCACACCGUGCAAGGACGGCGAUUCAGUUAGCGGCGAGCCGCCGUCCGUGGAGGAUCGUUGAUCGUCGAUUUUUCUUCCUUCUCCUCGGGUCGCAUCGCUUCGGCCCGAGCGGCGUGCCGCGUACCGUGUCUUUUCGAGGUAUACACACGUUUCAACGAUUCGCGUUCGAGCGAAACUGUCGCGUGUAACGCGCGCACGCGCCCCUACCGCAUCUCGUUACGAUCGUACCGUACUCGCUCAGGAAUGAAAUUGACACGCGCGUUCCGCGUUCUGAACAUCGAAUACACCUGAGUGAAUACACCUCUCGAUGAAAUUUAUCGAAGCUGCUUUCCCGGCAAUCGUCUCGACGGGCAACAACAACAACAACGUUCGAAAAUAUUCGAGAGUAUUGAAUCGAAGAGGCGAGCUUUCGAGAAGAAUUCGCGAAAUAAUGCAAGUAAAGGAAGAACGAUCGAAGGAAGCGGGCUCGCUAGUCGGCAUCGACGCGUUGAACGAAUCGUAAAAUCGAUCGCGUCGCGAGAUGACGACCAGCCGAGAAGCGUAAGAUCGAGAGUUCUCUGUUGGAGAGAGGAUCGAACGGGAUCGCAACCCUCGUCGUUCUUCCGUUAUCGGGAGAAGAACGGAGCGAGGAAAUAAUCGUCGGACGAAAGAAGGACGGUUUGCGCGCGUAGGUGACACAGUAAGGGGCUGUGCGGGUAAGAAGGGACGAGGAGAGGCGAGGCAGAGCGAGAGGGAAAGGGGGAAGGAGGGCGGGAAGGGAGAAGGGAAGGGAGAAGAGAGGAGAUAAAAUCGGCCGGCGCGCGAAAUAACACCACGGUCGAAGAUGAGGAGCGGAUCGAGGGACGCGCGAUUCCUCGUCGGGAUCAUUUGCGGAGUGAUCGUGGGUAUCGAUCGCGGCUACGCGUUGGGGGGGAGCGAGAUCUACGCGAAAACGUUCCCCAGCCAGCAGCACCCAUCGGAUCCGUGCUACGACGAGGACAGGCCGCGACGGUGCAUACCGAAUUUCGUGAACGCGGCGUUCGGCGCGGCGAUCGAGGCCUCCUCGACCUGCGGGAGCGGCGGGCCCACGAGGUAUUGCGACGUGGUCGAGCAGCCGGGAGGUAGCACCGGCAUAGGUCAGUGCCACAUCUGCGACGACAGCACGCCGCGGCGCCGUUUCCCCGCGAGCUACCUCACGGACGUGAGCAACCCCAACAACGUGACCUGCUGGCGGAGCGAGCCGCUCGUCACGUCGCAGAGUUUCUCCGCGCCGCCCGACAACGUGACCUUGACCCUCUCCCUGGGCAAGAAGUACGAGCUGACCUACGUCAGCCUGCAGUUCUGCCCGAAGGCGGCCAAGCCUGACUCGAUCGCGAUUUACAAGUCGAUGGACUACGGCAAGACCUGGCAACCUUUCCAAUUCUACUCGUCCCAGUGCCGCCGCGUCUACGGGAGGCCGAACCGGGCCACCAUCACGAAGGCGAACGAGCAGGAGGCGAGGUGCACGGACAGCCAUCGGUACACGGGCGGCAACGGGCUCGCGCCCGUCGGCAGGAUCGCGUUCAGCACGCUCGAGGGCCGGCCGUCGGCCUCCGACUUCGACAACUCGCCGGUGCUGCAGGACUGGGUGACGGCGACCGACGUCCGCGUCGUGUUCAACCGCCUGCACAUGCCCCAACAACCGUCCCAGGAGCAAGUGCUGCAGCUGGGCGGCGGCGACGAGCACGGCCUCGGCCUCGAGGAGCUGGCGAAACGCGAGAGGGAGCGGGAGGAGAGGCUGAAGAGCCAGAAGAGCCGGGGCUCGCUCGACCCCCUGGCCACCGCUCUGCCCUCGGUGCACCAGGUGAUCGCCCCCCAAGAGAUGCAGUCGAACGACGCGGUGGAGGAGGGCGGGGGGGGCGCUUUCGCGGCCGUCACCGUGUCCACCACGACGAGCAGCACCCUCGCAGCAGCCGGCCUCGGGACGGGCACGCUCGCCCAUCACUACGCCGUCUCCGACUUUGCCGUCGGCGGCAGGUGCAAGUGCAACGGCCACGCGGCGAGGUGUAUCCAAGGCAAGGACGGCGAGGUCGCCUGCGAGUGCAGGCACAACACCGCCGGCAGAGACUGCGAGAGAUGUCGGCCGUUCCACUUCGAUCGACCCUGGGCACGGGCCACCGCCAGGGAUGCCAACGAAUGCAAAGAGUGCAACUGCAAUCUCCACGCGAGAAAGUGCAGAUUCAACAUGGAACUGUACAAGCUGUCGGGACGCGUCAGCGGAGGCGUUUGUCUGCAGUGCCGGCAUUUUACGGCAGGAAGACACUGUCACUAUUGUCGGGAAGGUUACUACAGGGAUCCGGCCAGACCGAUCCAACAUCGCAAGGCCUGCAAACCGUGUGACUGCCAUCCGAUCGGCGCUUCCGGAAAAACUUGUAACCAAAGCACCGGCCAAUGCCCGUGUAAAGACGGCGUAACUGGCACUACUUGUAAUAGAUGCGCCAGAGGUUACCAACAGAGUAGAUCGCAUAUCGCACCUUGCAUCAAAAUACCGAGAGUUGUGCAGACUCAAGGCACGGCCGGCGAGGAGAGCGGGGAGCACGAAGACGACGACGACGAUCGCGGUUACGACGGACGAGCCGACCAAUGUGGAAAAUGUCGAGCCAGCACCAAGAGAUUAAACCUAAACAAGUAUUGCAAAAGAGAUUAUGCUAUUCUGGGCAGAAUAACAGACAGGCACAAAAAGAACGAUGGCUCCUCGGCUGGAACAAGCGUUUCCGGUUCGGUCUGGAUCCGCUUCACUUUGAACGUUGAUUUCAUAUAUAAAAAAUCCCCGAAUUCGAGGAUUCGCCGUGGCGAUGUGUUCCUUUACGUGCAUUCGGCUGAUCUGGCCUGUAGAUGCCCGAAAAUCAAGCCAAAUAGGUCGUACUUGAUUCUUGGCCAAGAGAGCGACGGUGGGGGUCAAGGUGGGCUGACGGUGACGCAGAGGUCGAUCGUGAUCGAGUGGCGCGACGAGUGGCAUCGUAGAAUGCGACGUUUCCAACGGAGGGCGAAAUCGUGCCAUUGAACUAAUUCUCAUCGCACCGAGGAAAAUUAGACGAGGGGAAAGAGGGGAGGAUGAAGCGAGCAGCGGAGUGGACGGAGAGGGGAGUGGAGGGGAGAAGAGAGGCAAGCGAGAGAGAUAGAGAAAGAGGAGAGAGAGAGAGAGAAAAAUAACAAGAUAGAAGCUUAAAACCUUUUGCUCGUAUAUGUAUUUAGAAAAAAAAAGGUGCACAUUCAUUUUCAAAAACUGCCAAUAGUAAUGUAACUAAUAUACCAAUUAUAUCCAACUUCUCACGCACGAAUAUAAAAAUACUCUCGACGACGUCCUAAGAUUAAUGAUAAGUAAACGAAGAAACGUAAAAGCGUGGAGUGAAAUGUAAGUGAGAGAUGCGCGAACCGAAACUUUUUUCUGUGUUUUUUUUUUCUAUUUUCCCCCCUUAAGUUGUACAGAAACUUAUAAUUUAUUCAGAGAUCGUGAUUAAAAUAAAUUAAUUGAACAUCUGUAUAGAAGAUUAUAAACAUCUGUUUAUAACCUUUA